CAAAGAACACUCUCCCACUCUUCAAGAUUCCCCAAGAAAUCCUCCAAUCUCACCGCCACCGCCACCGCCACCACCAUCUUCCCCAGUAGCUCCGCCGCACGAUCAUCUCUCACCGCCACUUGCAAUCCACAAGAACCUCCCCCAUCUCUGUAAUCCACAGGCACCCACGCACGCACGGGAGUGAUGUUGCUUCGAAUCCGUUCCAGAGACGGCCUGGAGCGUCUCAAGGUGGACGACCCGCAGGCCACCGUCGCCCACCUCAAGUCCCUGAUCCAAUCCCACCUCCAGAUCCCCGUCCAGACCCAGACCCUCUCCACCAACCAGAACCUCCUCCUCGCCAAGACCCGCGACGAUCUCGCCCAGUUCACCGACAUGUCCGCCCCCCACGCCCCGCUGUCCUCCCUCGGCAUCGCCCACGGCUCCAUCGUCUUCGUCCACUACGACGGCGAGCGCAGCGUCUCCCGCCCCGCCGCCUUCUGCCCCGCCGGCUCCUUCGGCCGCAAGAUGACCAUGGACGACCUGAUCGCCCGGCAGAUGCGGGUCUCCCGCCAGGAGUCCCCACACUGCGAGCUCGUCUCGUUCGACCGCGACGCCGCCAACGCGUUCCAGCACUACGUCAACGAGACCCUCGCCUUCGCGGCGAAGCGGGGCGGGUUCAUGUACGGGACGGUGUCCGAGGAGGGGAAGGUCGAGGUGGACUUCAUCUACGAGCCGCCGCAGCAGGGGACGGAGGAGAACUUGCUGUUCCUCAGGGACCCGGAUGAGGAGAGGCUGGUGGAGGCCAUCGCCGUCGGGCUGGGGAUGAGGAGGGUCGGGUUUAUCUUCAGCCAGACCGUGAGUCAGGACAAGAAGGAUUACACUUUGUCGAAUCGGGAGGUCUUGCAGGCGGUGGGGUAUCACGCGGAGAGCGGGCUGAAGGAGUGGGUGACCGCCUUAGUGAAGCUGGAGGUGAACGAGGAUGGUGGGGCUGAUGUCCAUUUUGAGGCUUUUCAGAUGAGUGACAUGUGCAUUAGGCUGUGGAAGGAAGGGUGGUUCGAGACCGAGAUCGGUGAGGACGCCGAUCCGAAGCUCUCGAGGAUGAAGAAGGAUGUGAUGGUGGGAGUCAAGGAUACUAGGGAGGUGGAUAACGAUUUCUUCUUGGUGGUUGUCAAGAUUUCCGAUCAUCAGGGUCCACUUUCAUCAACAUUUCCUGUUGAGAACCGGAAUGUUCCCGUGACAACCAGGGCGCUGAAGAAUCAUCUGGACCGCACAAAAUCUCUUCCAUUCGUGAAGCGGAUAUCAGACUUCCAUUUGCUUCUUCUACUCGCCAGAUUCUUGGACAUAAGUGCCGAUGUCCCUGCUCUGGCGGAGUGCGUGAGCAAACAGGGAACUGUUCCAGAUGGCUAUAAGCUACUCAUCGAGUCCGUGGCCAGCAGUUCGUGAUGCCCGUGAUCGUGUGCAUUUUCAACAGAGCAAUUACUGCAUCAGCAGUUAAUCUGAAAGUUCCUCUUUCAUCUUCUGAUGCAAUGCAUGGCCGAAACUGUAAAAUGUCUCCGAUUUGAAAAGUUCUUUCUAGGUCGAAGAACAGGUAAAAUGCACUCGCUGUUUAUAUGCAUCCUUGGUACAAGUUUUGCAUCAAACUAAAUGGUUCGAUUUGUGCGUCGAUUUAAAGGGAGCAAGGAAGUGGCGUUUAGUGA